AUGAAGUUUUUGGUCACUCCCAAACAUGAGCACCUAUCUUUGAUACGAACAAUGCUGAAGGACUGCUGCACGGAUGACGAUGAGAAUGGCAUUGUGCCGCUGCCCUAUGUGUGCUCGACUGUCCUUCGCAAGAUCCUUACGUGGGCCCAUUACCACAAGGACGAUCCCCAGCCAACGAAGGAUGAUAAGAGCAAGGGGCAGCGCACAGACGACAUUAUCUCCUGGGAUGCAGAUUUCAUGAAAGUGGAUCGCACCACCUUGUUUGAGCUCAUCCUAGCUGCCAACUAUUUGGUCAUCAAAGGCCUUCAGGAGCUCCCCUGCAAGACUGUUGCAAAAAUGAUCAAGGGCAAGAUCCCCAAGGACAAGGAGAUAGGCAAGACCUUCAACAUAAAACGGAGAAGUAAGGCGCGGUCCUGCACGGCACCAUAA